GCAUGCGCCCAGGAGACCGCGAAGGGACGAACGUUUCUCAACGCUUAGCCAGUCUCAAGGCUGGCCCCCUAGGCACCGGCAGCUCACCUGGACCCUGAGAACCGAGGUUGUGUUUAGAAGUUAGAAAUGGAAUCGGCCUAUGUUCAAAAGCACCUUGGGACGUGUCUAAUUCAGGGUCUUGCAGAAGUGGCAAGAGUUCACCCUGUGGAUCCAAUAGAAUACUUAGCUCUGUGGAUUUACAAGUAUAAGGAAAAUGUGACUAUGGAACAGCUGAGACAGAAGGAAAUGGCUCAGCUGCAGCAUGAGCGGGCAGUGGCGAAGGCAGAGCAGGAAUUGCUGGAGAGGCUCAGAGCGGAAGAGCUCUUGUUUCAGCAGGAGCAGCUGGCACUGCAGCUGGAGUUGGAAAUGCAAGCAAAGGAGAGACAGAGAAUAGAAGAGCUCGAGAGAGCGCAGGAACGAUCAGAGCAGGAGAUGAGAAUGAAUAUGGAAAAUAUAGCCAGGAGUGAAGAUGCUUUACAUUCAGAGGAAGGAGCACAAGAGUCAGGCAAAACACUCGCAGAAAUUAGUGACCGAUACGGGGCGCCUAACUUGAGUAGAGUGGAAGAAGUUGAUGAACCAAUGUUAUUAGAUGCAGCGGAGGCCCAUAAGACUGGUACUCAAAAAAGACAGAUCUGACUAUACAAGGUACAGUCAGAAAAUAUGGUUGCAUUAAAUAUUGACCAAGAUUUGUGGGAUCAGCCAACCUAAGAUCAAUAAAUUUCUCUG